AUGUCGAGAAAUCAAGCCUCAGCCAACACAACCGAUAAUUUUCCUCUUAUCAUAAGUGUAAUGAGAGGUACGAACAACGACAACUCUCGAUCUCAAUCAACUUCAGCUGGAACCGAAACUACCAGUGAUAAUGGAAACGGAAGUGGCUUUUAUCAACAAUCGAAUGACACUCAAAUUACAGUCAUCGAACGUGAAGGUUCAGGAGAAGUCGAACGAUCAGAAAUGUAUAAUAAUCCCGCUGCCAACGAAUCUGCUAUUACCGUGUAUCAUGUUGGAUCCACUUCAGCUGGUGGGAAAUGA